UAUUUUGACUACGGUGACUGUUGGUUCUAACUCCUUGCUCGACAAUUAUAUUAAAUUCCAGCAUUACAAAUUAUGCUACACACGACGUAGGAACUACCGCCCAGCUUCAUCGCCGCGCCCCGACCCUGUCGUCCGGAGAUUGAAGCGGCCGCCAGGCGGUGCCAUAGAUUAUGCAUUGCAAAAAUGUCUGGGUCUGGAAAGUUGGAACUUGUGAUGCUAACUCUGGACUCUAAAAAAAUCUGUGUUGCAUGACCAGCAAGAGGAGCCACAUUUGUGCUACGCGAGAAGGGCAUUUGUCAUGCGGAAAUGGCAUCAGGAAGCUUUCCAAAAAUCUGUGAUGCUGGGUCAUGCAUUACAAGCACCAUGGGUCAUGCCAGACAAGCAUGACAAGCCUUCCAUUCUUCCAGACCCAGACAUUUUUACAUUUGAUAUAGAUUUUUGGCACUGAAUGUGUAUUGGCCGGGUUUUUGUCACAACGAACUAACUAUCCUGUGCAAAAGUAUCGUACUCGUACUAAUUGCGUUUCUGCAUUACAAAUCUAUUUCUUAAGCGAAAUCCGCAUUACAAAUUCAAUUUGUAAUGCAGAAUGCAAUUUAUACUAGUACGAUGCUUUUGCAGUUCAUACUAACCCCACAGGUCUGUAAGAACUACACCUAGGAAGCGUUUGUUUGUAAGCAUUUAGAUUUAGGUUUAGGGUUCAUCGCUCAAAAAGAAGGUGCGUUCUGUAAAACGUCUCAGGAAUUAUGUCAUUGAUUCGUGUCAGCUGUGCGGCUGUUUUUGAUUAUUGUCAGCUGUGCGGCUGUAGUUUUGGAAUAAAGUUUAGUUUUGAUUAGUUAUAGUUUUGAUAAGAAGUAACAGCACACCUGAACAACUUAGCACACCUGAACAACUUGAAGUAUAUGUUCUUUUGAUUUUGUGUGUUGAAGAGGAAAUGUUUUUUUUUUCACGAUGAGAACGGAAAGGAGAAAAGAUGGAUUUCUCAUGCGAGAAAAGAACUCGACUUCGAACCUGAACAAUUGUGAGAAAUAAAGAUGAAUUUCUCAUGCGAGAAGAUGGCAUGCAGCUUCUGACAUUUAUAUCCUGUCUAGUACAACGUUAACGCUAUUGCCAUAAUAGAGGACCACUUUAUUUUUAGCUCUACAAAGUGUAGCGACUGACCUUCGGGCGGCUAUCAAAACUGCAUGCAAGAACGAUCAAAGCGCUAUCUUUUUUCUUAUACGUGUAUGAUUUUACAACUAGUACUGACAUAGGAACUUCACACUAUCAAGAACACGAGUCUACGAUACUUACAAACUCCAACGCACUUCGGGCGACUGCGUUUGGAAAGUGUGAAAUCUCGCCGGAACAACCGAAUCGGCACGCUUUGGCAAGUAGACAAAUUUCGAAAAAUCGACUUUCGAAUUUCGCGCGUGUCUAUUUUAUCCAGAAGAGAUGUUGACAUUAAUCAUGCCUCGCGUUAUUUUUAGAAGAGAUUGCGAGAAAAUGAAGGACAGGACCCCUCCUGUAAUUCGCGUAGUCCACCUCCAGAUGGGGAAUUUUCGCGCAUUGAGAUCGAAGAUCCUAGAUGCAACUGCCUCCGGAUCAUCGGAUGACAAGGAAAAAAAUGCCGACGCUUCAUCCUACUUGACAGACAGUUGGUUAUUUCGGCCAGAAUCCGACGUCGAGGAUUUCCAGCUCUUGCAAGAUCUCCGCAUGAGAAAAGAACUCGACUUCGAACCUGAACAAUUGUGAGAAAUAAAGAUGA